AUGGCUGAUGAAUAUAAGAGAGAAGCUAUUGAUUGGUCCGGAAAGAACGAGGAGUCGAAAGAUGAAAGUAAUGAGGAGGAAAUUAUUGGCGAUGGCAAACAGAAUAAAACAAUAGCUGAUGUCGGAAAAGACGAAAUGAAUGUUGAAGGAAAAGAUGAAGGCAGUGUUGAAAUAAAGGAAGUGGAAAGUUCAGCACCAUUUACUGAAGAUUUGAACAAAAGCGGCAGUGAAAUGAAUGAUGCAAUCAAUGAUUUAGAAGAAACCCCGAAAGUAGCUAAAAAGGAAAAAUCAAAGCCUGUAAAAAAAGGCCUUCUUGAUGAGCCAGUUGUGAGAGAAGGAAAAAGACAGCGCCAUGCAGUGGAACGACUUGCUGCUGUUUCUUCUCCACCGUCAAAGAAAGCAUCUUUGGACGCUGUUGGAUCAGGAACCUCUCUUGGUGACAUUGAAUUCGUGAAUACUGGUAUUUCUAAAGCACAAAAUGAGACAUUGAAAUGGCUUCAUAGGCUGUGUUACGGCACUCCCGGCACAGCAACUUCCAGAAAAAGAGACCUCAGAAGAUUUAAUGGUUUUGCAUUUGAUGAAAAGAGUGCUGAUUUCGACAAGAAGAAGGCAGCAGCAAUGAAGCUUACAAAUAAUGAGUUACAUAUGAUUGGAAGAAUUUUGGGCUCAGAGAGAGGACAUACAAAGGAAGAAGCAGUGAUGAACGUCCUUCAUUUUUUGCAAAAACCGGAAGAUAAGGGCAGGAAGAUCACAUCAAUAAAGAAGCGAAGAAGCUCUUCAAAAUCGUCGGGGAAAAAAGCGAAAAGGAGCAGAACUGAGAAGAAAGGAAAUAAAAAAAGUACAAAGAAAUUAAAAGAAGAGUCGAAUGAAAAUGAUGACGCUGGUCAAAGCGGGGAGGAAUCUAGUGGUGAUGAGGAUGCGGAAGAGAAGAAAUCAGACUCGACAGGCACGACAAAAAAUCGUUCAGAAAAAAUGAAGGGUUCCAGCAAAUUAAUUUCCGUUUCCAAAAGCCUUACGGUAAAGGAAGAUCCAACUUGGGGCGAUGGUGGGCCUUCAAAUGCAGAAGUGGAAAAUGCUAUCAAUGAAAUACUUCGUUCUGUGGAUUUGGUGAACUGCACGAUGAAGCAGAUGUGUGAAAGGAUUGCGGAAAAGUUCCCCAAUUUGGAUAUGGCGACGUAUAAAGGUGCACUGAAAGAACGCGUGAAAGCAGCUUUGGAGAAAAUGGAAGAUUCAUGA